AUGCACGCUACCACCACUUGCAUCGUUGCCCUCACAGCUGGUCUGGGGCUUGCUGCACCUGUUGAUAAGUCCGAAGGCCAGCAUGCAAACGAGGCUCGGGGCACCUACUCCCAGCAGAAGCAGGAAUGGGACAGCCUGGACUGGCAGUCCAUCUGGAACAACAACCAGCGAUACUACCACCCGGGCGAGACCUACUCUCAAUUCAUGGCCGGCUGGAAUAAGAACAAAAAGAGGUCUGUCGACGACGACGACGAGCACGAGAUCGAGGCUCGGGGCACCUACUCCCAGCAGAAGCAGGAGUGGGACAACCUGGACUGGCAGUCCAUCUGGAAAAACAACCAGCGAUACUACCACCCGGACGAGACCUACUCCCAAUUCAUGGCCGGCUGGAAUAAGAACAAGAAGAGGUCUGUCGACGACGACGACGACGAGCACGAGAUCGAGGCUCGGGGCACCUACUCCCAGCAGAAGCAGGAGUGGGACAACCUGGACUGGCAGUCUAUCUGGAACAACAACCAGCGAUACUACCACCCGGACGAGACCUACUCUCAGUUCAUGGGCAGCUGGAAUAAGAACAAGAGGUCUGUCGACGACGACGAGCACGAGAUUGAGGCUCGGGAUACAUAUUCUCAGCAGAGGCAGGAGUGGGAAAGCUUGGACUGGCCCUCCAUUUACGCCAACAAUGAGAGGAUAGCUCCCUCGGGAGAGUCGUAUGCCCAGUUCAUGGGCUACCAAAAGAGGUCCGAAGCAGGAGAGGAGGCGAUGGACGCGGGAGAGGAGACAUCCGACGAAUGA